AUGAAUGAUAUACAUCACACAUUUUAUACAUUUGUGUUAUAGUAUAGCCAAUCGAGUGUUUGACAGAACAUGAACGUACCCGCUGUGACUUUUUUAUGCAUUUAUAUCCGAUGAAUAAUUAGUAUUUAGUUUAGCUAUAAUAAUUGUAAUUAUUAUUCAACUUAAAUAUCGUGAGUCGUUAUUUCUUUCAUCGAGAGGAACUUCGGUUCAAAUUAUAUUAUGAUUGCAAAUACCACGUAACAUAAUUACUUAUAUUAUAUGUACAAUAAUUAGUGCAUUUGACGAAGAAGAACCGAAAUACUUUCAAAGAUGCUUAAAUCAGGAGUUCAUAGACAAAUAUACGCCACUAUAGCGGCGUCCAUGUCGAUAUUCAUCAGUGGCAUGUGGCUGGGAUGGCCCAGCUCAGCAUCCGAGAAGUUCAUGAAGCACGAGACGGGCGACCUACACGUGACUUACGACCAGCUAUCGUGGAUAGUGUGCAUGAUGGACCUGGGCAACUUCAUCAGCCCGCUGUUCGGCGGCUACCUGAUGGACCGGUACGGUCGGAAGAUGGUGAUCACUGCGCUCGGCCCGCUGUUCAUCAUCUCCUGGUCGCUGACGCUGUUCGUGCCCACUACGGUCGCCCUGUACACGGCCAGGAUGAUGGCGGGCAUGGGCAAGGGCAUCUCGUACACGGUGGUGCCGGUGUUCCUGGGCGAGAUCGCGGGCGUUAGCAUCCGCGGCGCCCUGGGCAGCGUGUUCACCAUACAGCUCAGCUGCGGCGUCCUGUUCGAAGUGAUCGUCGGCCCGUACGUGUCGUACCACACGCUCAACGCUACGUCCGCCGUCGUGCCCGUGCUGUUCUUUGCCGCGUUCCUCUGGGUGCCCGAGUCGCCGUACUACCUGCUCAAGGUGGGCCGGGCGGCCGACGCGGCCCGAUGCCUGCGCUGGUACAGGGGUUGCGACGGCGAUAGUGGUAGCGGCGACGACGACGACGGAGACGCAACCGUGGCCGCGGAGCUCCGUCUGAUGGAUGCCAACGUGCGGAAGGACAUGGAAAACGGGUCGGCGUUCGGUGAGCUGUUCACCAACAGGAACAACUUCCGCGCGCUGGCCGUCGUGAUGGUGGCGUGCAUGGGACAGCGCGCCGGAGGCAUCAGCAGCCUGACCGCGUACUCUGCGCUCAUACUGCCCGAACCGUCGCCCAUCAUGGGCAAGUUCGAGUUCAUAAUCGCGUUCGCCGUCGUCCUGGUGGUGGUCAACUUCGUCGGGCUGGCCCUGGUCGACCGAGUGGGCCGGAAGCCACUGCUGAUCGCCUCCGAGGCGGGCCUGGGAUUGGUGACGUUCGUCUUCGGCGUCUACUACUUCGCCGCCGAGCACUUCCCCGUCGCCGCCGCCGCGUACCGGUGGCUGCCGUACGCGUGCCACACCACUUUCGCCGCCACGUUCUCCAUAGGGAUCGGCUUCAUACCGGUGGUGUUCCUCGGCGAGAUGUUCCCGGUCAACGUCCGGUCCCGGUGCUCGGCGUUCGCGUCCGUCACGCUCGCAUUCUUCUCGUUCGUGUCCAACAAGACGUUCCUGGUUGUCUCGCACGGGUACGGUUAUUACACCAUGUUCUGGACGUUCUCCGCCGUCAACUUUGCCUGCGCGUAUUUCUCGCACAGGUACGCGGUCGAGACCACCGGCAAGACGUUCUUGGAGAUCCAAGACAUCCUGGACGACAGCGUCAGAAACGGACCGGGCACGCGGAGGAGGAAUGCGAAAAGACCGCAAGUCAUCGCCUACGACAACUCGUCGGUCGACAUUUAAAUAUAUUAUAUACCUACUAAAUUGUCUGUUAUGCUAUAUACAUAAAACAUUAUAUAUUAUAUUAGGUACCUAUAUUAAAUUAUAUAUUGGGACACCUAUAUCUCCAAUCCUCCGCGAGUCCGAGCGAGAUCGCGGGUUUUAAUAUUAUUGGUAUAUACAUAUAGGGAUGCGUAUAAUAUAUAUAAUAGGGGUGGUUAUUACUGUAGGGUGGUUCCGUAUAAUAACAUUGGUUGUUUUAAAAAGUAUUAUCGACGUUUUUGAAAAUGUUGUCCAUAUAAUUCAUACCCACUACAAAACAACAUAAUAAUAUGUUAUAAUUAUUACUAUUAUUAUUAUUAUGUUUAUUAUUCUUGAAAAACAUUUAUUUUUUUACGCUUCUUAAUUUGUUUAAUGGCAUUGUAGUUGUUUUGUACCUAUAGAUACCUACAUUUACAUGUAGGUCACGUCAUUGACAUAUUCCUGAAUAAGUGUACCUGUACUUGUAAUUUUUUCAUAAUAUGUUGUGUCACAUAAUGACUUAGAAUUAUAAUCUAAUAAAAUAUUUUUAGAGAUAAUGAGUGCUUACAGUUGAAAACUCACCCUGUGAUAUAGAUACAAAAAAAUAGGUAGGUAUUAGGUAUAUAGAUGCUAGAUAGAUAUUAUAGUAGUGUUGCAGGACCCGGCAAUCUGCAGCAAUAUUGCUAGACUUAAUUUCUAACAACCAAUUGGAUAUAGAUAGGUGCCCACCAAUAUCUUUAAAAUUAUAGGUGGGCAAAAUAUUAUAUUACGUAUUUAUUUGUAUUAAUAUGUAUUAUGUUUGAAACGAUUUAGACGUUCUAACAAUGUUUCUUUUAACCACAUACGGCAUGCUCAAAUGAAUUAAUUAAUAAUUAUUUGUUUAGAUAAAAUAUAUUAUAUUUGUAUUUUUAACUUUACACUUUAAACUUGUUUCAAAAAAUUUGUUACGAGGUGAAAUGUUUAAUAUUUGUACAAAGUUGUGUUUAUUAUAUAAUGA